UUGUUUUCUUUUGCGAAUUACAUUCACCAAUUCUUCCAUAUUUCUUCUUAUUUCUUCUUCUUCACCAUAUUCCUAUUUUUGUCUCCCGACACAAUGAUCGAUCUGUUUCUAUCCCCCACAAAAUCUAUGUUCCAUAUAAUCAUCAUAUGGAUGCUCUUUGUGACACCUUCUUUUGUUUUCUCAGCUGAUGAUAAGCUUCACAGACUCUGCAGUCAACCGUUUCCCUGCGGCAAUCAAAACGGUCUACUGUAUCCUUUCUGGAUAGCUGGCAGGGAAGACUGUGGCCACCCUGAGUUCAAAGUCAACUGUAGUGGUGGAUUCGCAGAGCUAAGUAUCUCCUCCGUGAAGUUUAGAAUCUUAGAGGCGAACUAUGACUCUCGUAUCAUAAGACUGGCAAGAUCGGAUUAUAUUGGCGAUCUUUGUCCCACAGAUACUUCAGAUAUGCCAUUCAACCAAAGCGUCCUUCCACUUGCUCCUAGCACCGAGUUGCUCACAAUUUAUUACCACUGCAGCCAAGACUUUUCACAGUAUGUUCCUACUUAUUUUGGAGCCUUUGCUUGUGGUGGUGGUGAUGAUGAUGACAAAAAAAAUUAUUACGUGACAAGAAACCUCUCGUCCCCUCAGCUUCAAGCGAUAAGUCCUGUUUUAACCAACCUCAGCGUAUUUUGCGAUAAAAACGUCAGUAUUCCUGCAUCUGGGCCCGCGGUGAACACGCAAGCGUUGAAUUCAAGUACAGAUAAUCUAAAGAAGGCUCUUGAAGAAGGUUUCGAGCUUGGACUUAACCAAGAUUGUUCGAUCUGCUUAACCUCUGGGGGUGCUUGUGGGUAUAAUCGGAGCUCAAGUGGAUUCAUCUGCUAUAAUAUAGAAAAGGCCAAUAACCGUAGUAGAAACAACGGUAAGAUUUAUUUCCUACAUGUUCUAACUUCUAUAGUAGAUGUCUUUCGCAAGUACCACCGUUUUCUUAUUAUGAAAGCCUUGUUUUUUUUUUCUGUCCUAGGAAUCGGGAUUGCUUCUGUAUUAGUGCUGUUAUUUCUGACAGCCGGAUGCGCGCUCUGUCUAAUCAGACGGCGGAAGAUACAAGCAGCUCAAUACACAAACAAAGACUUGCCAAUAACGUCUUAUUCAAGCAAAGAAGCCUCAAGCCAUCCAACUCCCAAAACAAUCUCAAGCCGUAGCAAUCACGCUCUUAUCCCUUCAAUCUCUAACAUCACAAACGCAAGCACCUACUUUGGAGUCCAAGUUUUCAGCUACGAAGAACUCGAGGAAGCCACUGAGAAUUUCUCUAGAGAGCUUGGAAACGGCGGCUUCGGUACAGUCUAUUACGGCGUGUUGAAAGAUGGACGAGCUGUAGCAGUGAAACGACUAUAUGAAAAAUCUCUUCAACGCGUUGAACAGUUCAAGAACGAGAUCGACAUCUUGAAAUCCUUGAAACAUACAAACCUCGUUAUUCUCUACGGAUGCACAUCGAGACACAGCGCAGAGCUUUUGCUUGUCUACGAGUAUAUAUCAAAUGGAACUCUGGCCGACCAUCUUCACGGUGAUCGUGCUGAAACCCGUCCUAUUUGUUGGCCAGUUCGUUUAAACAUAGCAAUCGAAACCGCAAGUGCUUUAUCCUUCCUCCAUAAAUCAGGGAUCAUACAUAGGGACGUGAAGACAGCAAACAUUCUUCUAGACGAGAACUCCACGGUGAAAGUAGCUGAUUUCGGACUCUCACGGUUGUUUUCAACAGACCAAACUCACGUCUCCACCAUGCCGCAAGGCACUCCAGGAUAUGUAGAUCCAGAGUAUUACCAGUGUUACCGUCUAAACGAGAAGAGUGACGUGUACAGCUUUGGAGUCGUACUCACCGAGCUCAUCUCUUCUAAAAAAGCCGUGGAUAUCACAAGACAACGUCACGAUAUCAACUUAGCGAACAUGGUCGUUUCCAAGAUCAAGAACAAUGCGGUGCAUGAACUUGUCGAUCCGAGUCUUGGAUUCGAGAAGGAUCCAGAAGUGAAGCGUAUGAUGAUUUCGGUGGCUGAGCUUGCGUUCCGAUGUUUGCAACAGGAGAGGGAAGGUAGGCCGUGGAUGGAUGAGAUUGUGGAGAUUUUGAAAGGGAUCAAGGGGGAGAAGGCCGGGAAGUUACCAGAUGUGGUGGAUAUUAAGGUAAGCAGAGGAGAUGACGCUGGAAUACUGAGUCAUAGUGAUCCUCCGCCGGUUUCGCCGGAUACUGAGAAGUGUACUAGCAGUUCGGAUACGGCUGCUUGUUCAUUUUGAGAGAUUGUAUAAUCAGGUCUCGUCGGUGGUGUGUAAUAAAUUCAUUCUGGUAAACUCUUUUUUAUCUUCUUUUGUAUUUUAUUUUUGGCUCAGCUAAGAAGAUCUUUAUCGUUUGUGUGUA